ACAAAGGGAAUUCUUGAAAAGAUGAAGCUUGAUAAUUUUCAACUUGGUAGCACUAAGGUUUUCCUAAGAGCUGGUCAAAUCACAAUUUUAAAUAUGCGUCAUGCUGAAGUUUUGGAGAACGCUGCACGCCACAUUCAAGGUCGUUUUAGAACAUUCAUUACACGCAAAGAAUUUGUUAAAACAAGGGAGGCUUCAAUUUCUAUACAAUCAUAUUGCAGAGGCUGUUUGGCAAGGAAGAUGUAUAUGGUUAAAAGAGAAAUGGCGGCUGCUAUAAUUGUUCAGAAGUAUGUCCGGAGAUGGCGGCUUCAUCGGACUUACCAGCAAGCUCAUUCAGCAGCUCUUCUUAUUCAAUCCUGUAUUCGAGGAUUUAUCGCUCGCCGUUAUUUCUCAGUUAUCAGAGAGCAGAGAGCUGCUUUGGUGAUACAGGCUGCAAAUGAAGCAGAUGCACUGCGUGAGGCGAAGAAUAAACUUGAGAAAAAGUUGGAUGAUCUUACUCUGAGACUAACUCUGGAAAGGAGACUGCGGGUAAGUGUUGUAUAUCACUUUUAGCUUUGUGCUCUAUUUGUUAAUUACUAC